UCCGCCAAGUGUUAACAGAGCAGAUAUUUUUAUACAAAUUAAAAUUAUCAUAAUGCACUACAACACCAAAGUAGGCUAAGCAUACAUAGCAUAACAUGACAUAAUCGAUAAUAGAAAGAUAGUAGUACUAGGUCCGGAGAAGGUAGAUGGCUUUAUAUGCAAACAAGAAGGACAUGGGCAAUAUAUACGAGCAACCAUAGGGGUUAACCUGCAAUAAGGCAUGGUGGCGUUGGGAACAAAGAGUUGGCCAUGCCCCUGCCAGUACUUCAAGCAAGCCAACAAAGGAACAGCCAAUCAGAGAGCAAAUCAGAGGGGAGACAGAGAAACGUGCACACAACUAAUAAGAUCUCCCCGGGACAAGCGCAGGGGAGGGAAGAAAUGCAAGAUCAGACGGCCACGACGACGAGCUCGCCGCCUUCCAGCAGCGACAGGUCGUCCAGCUCCAACUCCAAGGAAGGGAUGGACAGCGACGACGACAUAGGGAGGGUGCCGGAGUUCCGGCUGGACCAGGGGGGACCAUCGACGUCGGGAAGGGAGGCAGCGUCCGCCGGGACGUCGUCGGAGCUCGCGCAGUCGGCGACGGCGGCUGCCCAGGCCAGCUCCCGCCGCCGCGGCCGCAGCCCGGCCGACAAGGAACACCGGCGACUCAAAAGAUUGUUGAGGAACCGGGUGUCGGCGCAGCAGGCACGGGAGAGAAAGAAGGCUUACAUGGGCGAGCUGGAGGUGAAGGUGAAGGACUUGGAGACGAGAAACUCGGAGCUCGAGGAGAGGCUCUCGACGCUGCAGAAUGAGAACCAAAUGCUUAAACAGAUACUGAAGAACACCACCGGUAACAGGAGAGGACCGGGUAGCGGUGCCGGCGGGGACAGCUAGAGCCUGUAGUACCACCGUGCGACGUCUGGAGUUAUAUCUGCUACUUCCUCCGUUUCAAAUUACUCGUCGUAGAAAUAGAUGUAUCUAGAACUAAAAUACAUUUAGAUACAUCAUACCUGCGACAAGUAAUUCGGAACGGAGGGAGUACGUACUUAAUUGUGAAAUGUAAUAACGAAGUGGCUGAAAUGGUGUCAGUUUCUUUGAUUAGUUUAGUGUGUUGUUUAACUAGAUGGACAUGAAGCGCCUAAAAAAUAUACUGCGCCUAUGUAUAAUACUAUGCGAUUUGGACUGAAAUUGCUUAGUCUCGAGGAGUGAGGGGAGCCGGCCGGCACCACAUAAUGUACGGGUGAAGGACCUGUCCCUGCCGUAUGUAUACGCGUCAGACUCGUAUGUAUUGAUGAAGGUUGUGUUGGAAAUAUGAGCAAUUUACUAAAUGAUUUUAUUAUCAGAAA